AUGAGCUAUAAGGAAAAAGAAGCGGUGAGGGUUUCUCCCAACCCCUCUUCCGGGGGAAAGGAGAGCUCUGUGGGGGUAAAUCCGGUCAAUCUAGGGAGGGCUUCUUUGAAGGCUGCUCCAACAAGUGUGGAUCCUCUGCCAAAGGGGACAGAUGGUUCAUCCCCUCAGAGCACAAUAGGCAAAGAAGGGGCUAGGGCACAGGAGACCACUGGAACCUGGUCUCAGACGGUCCAGGGCCUUCGGAUGUUCAAAUGGGAGAGCUUGCGAGCUUCAGCUGAUGAGGUAGCAGCCUUAGAAGUGAGGUUCACGAACAUGGUGUACUUCUCCAAUGAGGACAUUGACAAAGCUUGCACCCGAUGGCGAUCGACGCUUGUAGGAAAGUUCUUAGGGUGAUGCUAUAGAUCUCUGUGAACAAGAGCGUUGGAAUGCUUGUUCCACUAGUGCCUUGUUGCACAGCACUCCUCGUGGCAUUCUCUCAUAGCAGCUGGACAACCAGCUUAUCUCUUUGCUGCUACUAUAUUUUGUCUGCCUGUUGUCUAUGCUGUGUUCAGACACUUUCCUUUUUUUUUUUUUGGUUGGCAAAAAAAAGAAAGUGUUCAGGCACUUCUUUGAUGUCUUAUAUCAAGGCUGGUUGAAGUCUUCUGCUUAUUAACUUGCCGUCGCAACCCCCAUG